AUGUCAGAAAAUGAUGGUUCGGAAAUUGGAACAUUCAACACGCCGAAACGAAUUGCGAUUGGUGAGUGUUCAAUUGCAGUAGAAUUGUCAAGUGGUAGAUCUCAGCUGACAUGUGUCAAUGCAACACCUCAAAAUAAGAGCCGUCUUACUGGGACACAGUGUGGAGGUCUUUCAAAACAAUCUUUCAACGUAUACAAUGAAAAUGCAACAUUCAACACACCGAAAGUAACUGUUAUUGAUGUUCAAACAACAAGAUCGUGCGUUGUUGAUUACAAUACCUCAUCACCAAAGGUUUCAAUGCAACGUGGUUUGAUGUCAGCAUUUAAUAGUGUGGUCCAUGAUACACCAUCAAACUCUACAAAUGGAGAUGAUUAUUACAGUGAUCUUGGUGAUCAAACGUACUCGUGCGAUCACUGUGGAGCUAUGUUUUGGUUAGAGGAGCGAGUUAAUAAUUCUAGCGAUGUUCGAAAUCCGAAAUAUUCUCUAUGUUGCAGUCAUGGCAAGAUAAAGUUGUCGCAUCCUAAUAUUCCACCUAUGGCAAUCAGGACUGUCAACAAUGGUAGUGCACCGCCCACUUUUAGGUUACAUGGUCAAAACUUUCACUUAAUGGGUAGUUUACUACCACAAUCUGGUGAAAGACCAAAGUUUGCUCAAUUAUAUAUUGAUGAUACUCAAAAUGAGAUAGAAAAUCGUCUAACUGUACUUGGGGCAGAUGAGUCAACGAAUACAAUGUAUCGUGAAAUUGUGAAAGACAUCAAGGAUGCACUGGAUGAAAAUAAUGUUUUGGUCAAGAGUUUUAGGAUGGCCAAAAUAGAGAUGGAAAGUAAUCAUAGAGCUGAUAUUAAAAUCAAACUCAUUGGUAAAAGGAGCAAGGAUGCAAGGACAUAUAACUUGCCACAGGUUGGGGAGGUGGCGGCAUUGAUUGUUGGUGAUUUAGAUCCAAACAUGGGAGAAAGAGAUAUAUUGGUGGAGUCUAAAGCUGGUCAUUUUCAAAGAAUAAUUGAAUUAAAUCCAGCAUAUCUCCCACUGCAGUACCCACUACUAUUUCCUUAUGGUGAAGACGGAUACAGAGACGAUAUACAGUUUAAUAAUGUUGAAGGCCGGAGUUCAAAUGCACGGAGUAAACUAAGCCCAAGAGAGUAUUUUUCAUUCCGUUUGCAAGAUAGGUUCAAUGAAAUGUCAACGUUGCUAUAUGUUAGACGAUUGUUUCAACAAUAUUUGGUUGAUGCUUAUACCAUGAUAGAAUCAGGACGCUUGGUUUAUAUUAGGUCUCAUCAAAAGUCACUUCGGUGUGAAUCAUACAAAUGUUUGACAGAUGCGUUAACACGUGGUGAGGUAGAUCCUACUUCCCAAGGAAAGCGCAUUAUUUUGCCAUCGAGUUUUACAGGAGGUGCAAGAUAUAUGGUGCAAAAUUACCAAGAUGCAAUGGCGAUUUGUAGAUGGAUCGGGUAUCCAAGUCUAUUUAUUACAUUCACGUGUAAUCCUAAGUGGCCUGAGAUUGAAAGAUUUUUACAACCAAGGAAACUCAAAGCUGAAGAUAGGCCAGAUAUAGUAUGCCGUGUGUUUAAAAUGAAAUUAAAUGCACUCAUAAAAGACAUUAAGAAGGAGAAGAUUUUUGGACUUGUGGAUGCAGUAAUUUACACCAUUGAAUUCCAGAAAAAGGGAUUGCCACAUGCUCACAUUUUGAUCUUCUUGAGCAAGAGUAACUCUUACCCUAAUCCUAAAGAUAUUGACAUGAUCAUAUCUGCUGAGAUUCCAAGUCAAUUGUGCGACCCUGAGUAUUAUAAAGCUGUAGAAGAAUUUAUGAUUCACGGUCCAUGUGGUGCAGCGAGGAAGAACUCACCUUGCAUGAUAAAUGGUAUUUGCUCUAAAUUCUUCCCCAAAAAAUUUGUUGAAAACUCAACAGUGGAUUUUGAUGGAUAUCCGAUCUAUCGGCGUCGAGAUAAUGGUCAUACAAUACGGAAGAAUGGGAUUGACCUUGAUAGUAGAUAUGUUGUGCCACACAAUAGACAUUUGCUUAUGAAGUACAAGGCUCAUAUUAAUGUGGAGUGGUGCAACCAAUCUAGAUCAAUAAAGUACUUAUUCAAGUACGUCAACAAAGGGAAUGAUAGGGUCACAGCUGAAUUCUACAACAGUGGGGUGGAAGAAUCUACUGGGAAAAUUGUAGAUGAAAUCAAGAUGUACUAUGACUAUAGAUAUAUUUCACCCCCUGAGGCUGCGUGGAGGAUUUUUGGGUUUGACAUACAAUUUAGGAACCCAUCUGUUGAGCGAUUGAGUUUCCAUCUUCCCAAUGAGCAAUCAAAAAUAUUUCAUGACGACGAUUUGGUCGAUGAUGUGGUAAAUCGACCAAUAGUAGCUCAAAGCAUGUUUACUGCCGGGUUUGAGGCUAAUAAAAAUUCGAUGUCCAAACCAGAAAAUGUUUGGGAGAUGGUUUGGCAAUACUUAUCAGAUGAUGCUGUAUAUAUUUAUAGAAGGAACCUCUCAGUCUCAGAUUUAAAUAUGAAUGGAUCUCAAAAAAAGAAUUUUGCGCUGCUUGAAAUGGAGAAAUUGUUGAAUGUUUGGAACAAAUCUCUAUCAGAUUACCCACCUAUGCCAAUGCCAGAUGGGAACAAUGAUUGGUUUUGUGGUAACAGGUUGUUGUUAGAGGAAAUGUCAUAUGAUAGGGAAGCUCUAAUGCAUCAACAUAAUUCGUUGCAUCCGAAACUAACUGAUGAACAGCUACUCAUAUACAAUAAGGUGAUGAGAGAUGUUGAAACUGAGAAAGGUGGAAUGUAUUUCGUAUAUGGUUACGGUGGAACAGGAAAAAUAUUUUUAUGGAAGACAAUUUCAGCAGCUUUACGAUCCAAAGGCGAGGUCGUUCUAAACGUAGCAUCAAGCGGUAUAGCUUCGUUGCUGCUACUUGGAGGUAGGACUGCACACUCCAGGUUUGCUAUACCACUUGGUGUUAAUGAAGACUCCACUUGCAACAUCAAGCAAGGCAGUCCACUUGCUGAAUUGAUAAUCAAAUCCAAAUUAAUAAUUUGGGAUGAAGCUCCGAUGAUGCACAAACAUUGCUUUGAAGCAUUGGAUCGCACAAUGAGAGAUUUAAUGCGUUUCAAGAAUUCAAGGAGCUCAACAAUGACAUUUGGAGGGAAAACAGUGGUGUUGGGUGGAGACUUUAGACAAAUUCUACCCGUUAUUCCGAAAGGUACUAGACAAGAUAUAAUACAAGCCAGCAUUAAUUCAUCUUACUUGUGGAAUAAUUGUGAAGUUCUUCGUCUAACGAAGAAUUUAAGAUUGCGAGGUGUUACUAAUGAAGACGAUGUUGAGAAGUUAGAUAGCUUUGCCAAGAGGAUUGCGGAUUUAGGUGAUGGUAAUCUUGGUGAAGACAACAAUGUUGAUUGCAAUAUAAUAAUGCUGUCUUCCAUUGUAUUAGAAAAUGAGGUUGAUCCUAUCAAACAAAUUGUUGAAAGCACAUUCCCUGAAUACCGUUCUGGGAACAUGGAUGAAAGACAAUUAGAGAAUAGAGCUAUAUUAGCUCCAACAUUAGAUGUUGUUGACGAGGUCAAUGAAUACAUGAAUGGUAUUAAUCAAGCUGCAUCAAGGACAUAUUUGAGUUGUGAUUCUGUUUGCAAGGCUGAGGCAAACUUUGAUAUGCAAUCUCAGGUACACACAACAGAAUUUUUAAAUAGCUUGAGGUGCUCAGGUGUACCAAACCACUCUUUAACGCUGAAAAUGGGAACUCCAGUUAUGCUGUUGAGAAAUAUAGAUCACUCGAUGGGGUUGUGCAAUGGUACAAGGUUAAUAGUAACACAAUUGGGAAAUCAUGUUAUUGAGGGGAAAAUCAUAGCUGGCAAUAACGCAGUAUCUCGGGUCAGUAAUCCGGAUGGUCUUAAGGUCUUAAUUUGUGGGGAAUCUAGAGAACAUAAUAUUCAAAUCCCAGUUUCGACUUUUAUUGUUGAAGUUGACGCCUCCCUUUCACAGACCACAAAUUCUGGAUUCUAUGGUGUUGUUGUAUUACCAAAUAAUAGUAAUUUUGUGGCUGCAAAAUUUGGUCCCAUUCGAUGCUUAAAUAAUCCCAAUCUUGCGGAGGCAAUGGCAACGAAGGGGGCUCUUUCAUGGAUUCUUGUACAAGGUUGGCGUAAUGUGAUAGUUCGCUCUGAUUGUCAGAUGGUGUGUAAACUUCUCAACCAGGACUGUUCGGAUUAUUCAUAUGCAGGUUGUGUUGUAAAGCAUUGUCAGAAUCUCAAACAACACUUUGAAUCAAUGUCUAUCAAGUAUGUUUCUCGAUCAGUGAACAAGUAUGCUCAUACUUUAGCUAGGACUGUGAGUUCUCAGUCUGGUCAUAUUAGUUGGUUUUCAUCUAUUCCUUCUUGUAUUAAACGUUUUAUUUCAUGA